UCUUCUUCAUAAGCAAAUCUCCGGCUCUUUCUCUCUCAUUCUCCGUUGUCUCCUUCCCGACGCUUUCGUCAUAAGAGUCAUGGGGCAGGCUCUUGGUUGUGUUCAGGUUGAUCAGUCUACAGUUGCUGUUAAGGAACAUUUUGGAAAGUUUGUCAACGUACUUGAACCCGGUUUUCACUGCAUACCUUGGUGUUUUGGUUACAAAUCAGCUGGCCUUCUAUCGCUUCGUGUGCAGCAGCUUGAUGUUCGAUGCGAAACAAAAACUAAGGACAAUGUCUUUGUGACAGUUGUGGCAUCGAUUCAGUAUCGUGCUAUGGCAGAUAAAGCUGUUGAUGCUUUCUAUAAGCUAAGCAACACUAAAGCACAAAUCCAAGCUUAUGUUUUUGAUGUUAUUAGGGCAAGUGUGCCAAAGUUGGAGUUAGACUCUGUUUUUGAGCAGAAGAAUAAAAUUGCCAAAGCUGUGGAAGAAGAACUUGAGAAGGCCAUGUCUGCUUAUGGGUUUGAAAUUGUUGAGACUCUGAUCAUUGAUAUUGAGCCAGAUGCACAGGUGAAGAAAGCAAUGAAUGAGAUCAAUGCAGCUGCUAGGCUGAGGGUUGCUGCAAAUGAGAAGGCUGAAGCAGAGAAAAUAUUGCAGGUGAAACGUGCUGAAGGGGAGGCAGAGGCCAAGUAUCUUUCGGGGCUGGGUAUUGCCAGGCAGCGACAAGCUAUAGUCGACGGUUUGAGAGACAGCGUGCUCACUUUCUCAAAGAAUGUGCCUGGGACAUCUGCCAAAGACGUAAUGGACAUGGUUCUCAUAACUCAGUAUUUUGACACCAUGAAGGAAAUCGGUGCCAAUUCUAAAUCUUCGGCUGUUUUCAUCCCCCAUGGCCCAGGUGCAGUCAAGGAUAUCGCCGCCCAGAUUCGCGAUGGACUCAUUCAGGGUCAAAACGCCCAAGUGUGACUGUAAACAAACCCACGACUUUCCCGGAUGCUUAAAUAAGAUAUAGUCUUCCAUUAUAUGUGCGUGUAUAAUCAAUGAUUUAUGUGUGUCUACAAAACUUUGUUCUAUAAAAGUAAAAACUUAUAUGACAAUAAUAUAUUGUGGUUUGUGUUA